AGCGGGUCUCUAUGUAUCAUAUUGUUUUACAGUGUACAGAGCAGCUCUGAUGUCAUUCUGGAAUGAUUCAACUGAAAACAUUACGAAAAGGUGAGCUCUGAAACACAAUUGUUACUGAAGCAUUCGGAAUGGGAGACCCCACUGAACAUCUACUGGCGUUGAAAGUUAUGCGACUUACACGACCAACAUUGGUAAGCUCACAGAUUAUCACCGCGGAAGCAAAAGAUUUGCCACAAAACACAUUCGACAAAGUCCUAAAAAGCAAUGCUACGACCGUUCAUGGUAGUGAAACACUAGCUGCUGGUCAGUUUAUGCUGCUUCCUCAAAGUUUUGGUAACAUAUAUUUGGGAGAAACUUUUUCCAGUUACGUGUGCGUCCAUAAUUGCCGGGCUCAUCCCGUGAGUAAUGUCUCGGUCAAGGCGGACUUGCAGUCCAACAAUACUCGGAUAAGUUUACCCAUCCAUGUAGACCAGCAAGGGCCGCUAACUUUACACCCCGAUGAAACGCUAGAUGAUGUGAUACAUCACGAGGUGAAGGAAAUCGGUACCCAUAUAUUAGUUUGUGAGGUAUCCUAUCUGUCGGCGGCAGGACUAGAAACAUCAUUCCGAAAAUUUUUCAAAUUCCAAGUGGUGAAGCCGUUAGAUGUUAAAACCAAAUUCUACAAUGCUGAAACCGACGAAGUGUAUUUGGAGGCACAGAUUCAAAACAUUACGGUAGGGCCAAUUUGCUUGGAGAAGGUCGAGCUGGAAAGUUCCGAACAGUAUACUGUUGUUUCAUUAAAUAAUCUACCGUCCGGAGAAUCUGUGUUUUCGCAAAGAACAAUGCUACAACCACAGAAUAGCUGUCAAUUUUUGUACUGCAUAAAACCUGUACCGGAAAUUAUGAACGAUCCGAAAGCAUUGAAAGCAGCCAAUAAUAUCGGAAAACUUGAUAUAGUAUGGCGGUCAAAUUUGGGAGAACGUGGUCGUCUACAGACGAGCCAACUUCAACGUAGUCCCAUUGAAUAUGGUGACCUUAGAUUAACAGUGAUUGAAGCCAACAGCACUGUUAAAAUCAGCGAAGGGUUUGAUUUCAAAUGUCGGGUAACAAACACUAGUGAGCGAUCGAUGGAUUUGGUUAUGAACCUGAACACGAAAGCCAAAAUGGGUUGUGGUUAUACGGGGCAAACUGAAAUCGCUUUAGGGACAUUGGAACCAGGAAAGUUUACCGAUUUCAACCUUACCGUUUCGCCAGUGCGAUUAGGAUUAAUCACGAUUAGCAGUCUGCAGUUGACCGAUGUUUUCAUGAAGCGAAAAUAUGAGUUUGAUGAUUUUGUUCAAGUAUUUGUGGUAGACGAAGAUUAUGAAGAGAACGAUUUUCAACUAGACAAAUAUGUUCGAUAUAGUAUCCCUCAGCCAGUUUAGAAGGUAUUCUAUUUAACUUGCUUUAUUUAUUCAAGUAUUACGAAUGGAAAUAUACGUAGUUACGAAUGGUUCAUAUUAUUGAAUUCAGAUCAGUACACCAUAUUUUGUAGUUUUGAACCGUGUUUCUUCGUUUCACUUGCCCAUCCGCUGAAUGGACCACUCCUGCUGGCAGAGUGGGCAACGAUUAUUCUGUUUAAUCCACAACGACAUACAGCAAUGGUGGAAGGAAUGAUUACAUUCGCCCCAAACUACAACGCAAUCCUGACGUCCGAGAGUGUCCUUUUUGCUCUCAGCUUGACAGCGUAGGCAGGCAUCUGAAAACAACAAAUGAAAUACGAUUAUUGUUAAAGAUCUUUGUGUAAGGUACGGACCUUAAUUCUGUAAUAUGAUGAAUCAUUCUUCAAAUCGCAUACCAUUCUCAUUGAGGGCAGCGUGAUAAGAUAAAAGAUAAAUUCGAUCAAAUCGGACCAUCGUACGAUAUAAGUGCGAUAGAUUUGGGCUUUAUUAUUUGAAGAAAUGUUAUUUAGUGCAUGAGAUUAUUUUCAACCUGUUCUGGAAGAGAUUGAAUAAAUUUUCAUAUUAUCAAAA